AUGAUGUUACAUGAUUAAAUCUCAAAUGUAGGCAUUUGGUUAGAAUAAUUAAAAAAUGGAGGAGAGUUCUAUAGUAGAAAUAAAAUAAACAACAAAGAAUUACGUCUUCAAUAUAUUGUAAUUGAUAAAUUGGAAAACCUUUCAUUUCCUCCUGAAAUCGAUGCCUAUGAAACCUAGCUUAAGUUAAGAAUGUCAGCUACAAUAUAUGAUACAAAAACAGAAUAAUUUAUAUCCAAUACCUAUAAAAGUCCUUAUCUAACAAUAUUUUUGACUGAUCUUGUUAAUAUGGCAGAUAAUCCAGAUGAAGGAGAGUUAAAUGAAAAUGAAAUCCCCUAAAAAAAAUAAACAAGAAAUUAACCAAAAUUGAGAAGUGGAUAGGCAAUCACAAGAUAUCAACAUGCUGCUGUUUGGGUGGCCUUCAUCAUGAACAAAGCUCAAUAUCUAAAGGAGUACAAAUUAGCUGUUGAGUUUACGCUUUCAUAAUAUAGCAAUAAGACCAAAUUGACAACUACAUUCAAGACACUUGGUUAUGCUAUAAUAGAUUUAUCUGCAAAGAUAACAUUUGCAGAUUUAUAUGCUGGGAGUGUAAGAGAUCUGACCAAUAGUUUUUACAUCAGAGAAUAAAAGCAAAUCAAGCCUAUUCAAGUUAGUUAUAAAUGGAAGAACUUUAAACAUGUCCCAACACCAUUAAUGAAAUUGAUAGGUCCCUUUUUAUUGUUUGGUUAUGAUGAUACAGUUGUUGGUUUGAGAGGAACUAAAUUACCACCAAUAGUUAAUGAUUUAAAAUAUUUGGAAUUAGAUGAAGCCUUAAAUUUAUCAUUUCCAAAGUGUAAAAUUUAUAUCCAUUAGAUUGUUGAUUUGGAAAUAUUAAAUUAUAUCAAACAAAAGUAAUAAGAAAUCUAAUAGGUUAAUGAGAAAGACUCUGAUACUAUUAAAAUCACUAAAGCCAAAACUAAAUUAAUACCAUUUUGUCAUAAUGGUUGGAGAGAUGUUAACGAAUUCGGAUUUGAAAAUAUUUACAUCUUAAGUGAAAUUGAAAGGAAUGAAAAAUUUAUUGUAUACACCACCGAAAAGCCGAUUAGAGCUGAUAGAAUUUAUAAAGAUUCAGCUGUCAUCUUUCAAUUAGUUUAUCAAUAUGAUGUUGAAGUUGUAGAAAUUUAACAAGAUCCAAUUGAGGUUAAUGUUGGGUGGUUUGCUUUGACUCCUAAUGAUUGCACUAAGGCUAAUGAAAAAUUAAAAUUAUAAAUACAUGGAGAUAGAAAAUCAUUUAAUUCAAAAAAGUGGUAUGCAAAAUUGACUCCAAAAUCCCCAGGAGAAGCAAUUAUUACAUAUGAUUUUGUCUAUUUUGAAUAAAAGUAAGAGAAGAAAGGUAAUUAAUAAAAUAAAUAAAAAAAACAACUUUAAAAGUUAAUUGAUCCAAGCACCUUAAAAGGGCGUUUAAUUGAAUUAUCAAUAAAGAAGAAAAAUGAAAUUAAAACUGGACUUGCUAGAGAAGAAAACAUAAUGAGACAAAAUAAAUUAAUUGCCGAUCUUUUUACAAUUAAAUAAAAUACAACAAAUCUUAUUACAGGUAUGAUCAAUCAAAAUUCCUAUGUCUAAUCAAACACUUAAGUUUUAUUACAUGAAUUUUAAGGAUUAUUGGAAGUUGGUAUCAAGAAUUUUGAAUUGGCCAAAGAAAAAUAUUAAUUGGAAGAAUAAAGACUAUUAAAUUUUAGAAAAAGAAAAGAAAAAUUAGACUUGUUGUAAAAUUUUUUAACGGAAGACUUAAAACAUAAAUUUGAUAAGUGGUAGUAUGAAUAACCUCAUCAUCCAAAUCUAGAAAUAUGCUAUAGAACCACUCUAUUGGAUUUUUAUCUAUAAGUUGGAUUUGGUCACCGAGAUUUGCCUGCUAGUAGAUAGGUUUAAAUAACUUUGGAAGAAUCAAAAACAUAGUUAAAUUUGAAGAUUACUCUCCUUCUAACCUCUUAUAAAUUUGUUUUAAAAAUCAAUUCUCCUAUUAAAGAAGAUUUUGUGCUACAACCUAUUUAUUUAUUUGAUAAUUACUGUCCAACAUCGUUAUUAUUUAGAAUUCAUAUAUUAGGAUAAGAAGAUGAAAUUAAAAGUCACAAAGCAAAAAACCAAAAAGAAUUUGAAAGAUGGAUGUCAGAUAGAAUGUAUAUGCAUCUAGAAUUUAAGAAAGUUAUAAAAGAUUAAAAUCUUGCUAAUAAAAUUGCCAUAAUUGAGAUUUGGAAUGAAAGUUCAAUUACAAUAUUAGGAAGAUGUUUUGUACCAUUAUUCUAAGAUUCAAUUAUGUUUCAAGAAUCCUCAAUUGUUUGUUCUCAUUAUAAAGAGUGCGAUGUUAUAUCUUAUGACGGAAAUCAAAUCAUAGGACAACUUGAUAUUGGUGUUUUAGUCUAAUAUACAGAUGAUGAAAUUAAAACAGACAUCAGCUUUUAAGAAAAACCCAAAGAAAUCUUAGUUGUUGACAAGCCUUAACAAGAUACUCAAAGAACUGAAAAUGAACCCAAAUCUAAACCAAUUCCUCAGCCAUAGGAAUAUCAUGAUAUCAUUAGAAUUUAUUAUUCUGGUGAUGAGGAAACUAAAGUCGUAGUAAAUAAUCCAAUAAUGCUUAAUCCACAUUUUUUAAAAUAUAUUAAAACCUUAAAAAUAGUUGGGGAUUCAGCAGUUAAAUUAGAUUACUACAAUGAUUAUGAAAUCCAUUUUAAAUGCAGUAUUUAUGAUGUAGCAGAAACCUUUUUAGUAUUAUUCGACUACGACAGGGAAAAUAUACUUUAAGUCUAUCGAUUUGUAAUUUAUAAAUGCUAAUCAAUUACAUAUAAUGAUUUUGUUGGAAGACUCUGCAAUUUAAAUAUACCGUAUGAAACAAAUUUAGCAGAAAAAAUUGAAGUAGUACCUGCGAAUCCUUUUCUUAUCAGACCAAAAUUAGAUGAUAUGCCAGUUAUUAAAGAUUCUUUAUUUUACAUUCCUGUAUAAUGUUUAGCAAUAGAAUCAUAUUUUUUAACAACCAGAUUUACAAUAUAAUAAGGUGAUAGUAUGGAAACUCGAUUAAUACAUUUUAAACCUAAAGACAACAAAGUUUCUCAACUCUUCAAUCUUGAUUGCCCAAGAAACUAAGAAAAAUAAGAGUAAGUACUUUAUUAAAAUCGAUCAGAUAAGGCAAUCUUCUUAUAAAUUACUUCAUCCAAUUCAGCUCUUUAAUUGAUAACUCAGACUUUGAAAUUAGAACCGUAUUAGUCAGCUCCUAUUUAAUUUAUUUUAAAAAGGUAUGGCUACACAAAAAAAUAAUAAAUAAAGCUUUAUCUAACAAAUUUAGAAUGCGAUUAUAAAGAUUGUUUGAUGUUCAAAAUCAAUUAUUAUUGA